CCAUUUUUAUUCUUUACGUUUUUGCUAACUUUGAUUCUUUUCUUUUACUUUUUCUCUGUAAUUUCCUCUUGCAGUCUCUUCCAUAAAGAAAAAAACCCAUCAACACACACAUACACAAACACAAACACAAACACAAACACAAACACAAUCUUGUAGCCUUAGAUUUGGACCGUUCAAAAGCAGAGUUCUCCUCUUUUAAUUUUCUUAUUUAGAGUUACUUUCUUUCGUUAAAAUACUCUGUAAUUACCUUAAUAAAAAUUUAUAAAAAACCCUUCUUUCUUUCUUCUAUUACUACUAAUUUAGGGCUUUAGGGCUUUUUCUAUAUUUUUUUUAAACUGCAAUUUAGCCUUUUUCUACUUCCGAAACCUUUCAAUUUCUUACGCAAAAUAAUUAAAAUUUGCUUUCUUGGGGCAAUCAAUCUAUUUGGUGUUUUUGGUUAUUUUGUGUAACUUUCUCAAAUUUAGGGUAUCUGUUCUAAGAACCCUGAAUUUGUAUACCCUUUUAGCGUUAUCAAAGUACUAAGCUAAAAGGACCUUUUUUUUGUAGGGCUUUGGUUCUUUUCCUGGUCUGGGUUUCCACUGGUCUCAGGUUCUUAUAGGUCUUCUAUUUCUGGGUUUUGGAACUAUUUAUAGAUUACAAUUUAUAAUAGGUAAACUGGGUUCUUGUCAUAGUGCAAUUGAGUGUUGGUAGUGUUCCAGAAAGCUAUGAGCUUUGAUACCGUUUGGGGUUUUUAGAGGAAAGAAGUACAAAAGAAGCUCUUUUGGGUCAAAAUAAAAGGAAAGAAAGAUGAUUGCAGAGAAACCCAGUUGGGUUAAACAUGAAGGAAUGCAGAUUUUCUCCAUUGACAUUCAACCUGGUGCUCUCAGGUUUGCUACUGGUGGAGGUGACCACAAGGUUCGAAUAUGGAACAUGAAAUCUGUUAGCAGGGACUUAGCAGAUAAUGAACCAACACAGAGGCUUCUUGCAACUCUCCGUGAUCAUUUUGGAUCAGUAAAUUGUGUCAGGUGGGCUAAGCAUGGCCGAUAUGUCGCAUCAGGUUCUGAUGAUCAGGUGAUUUUAGUUCAUGAAAGGAAGCCUGGUUCAGGCACCACUGAGUUUGGUAGUGGAGAGCCGCCAGAUGUUGAGAACUGGAAGGUUGCAAUGACUUUGAGAGGGCACACUGCAGAUGUGGUGGAUCUUAAUUGGUCUCCAGAUGAUUCCACAUUGGCUAGUGGGAGUUUGGACAAUACUAUCCAUAUUUGGAAUAUGAGCAAUGGAAUAUGUACAGCUGUUCUAAGAGGUCACUCUAGCCUGGUUAAGGGAGUGGCUUGGGAUCCCAUUGGCUCUUUUAUAGCAAGUCAAUCAGACGAUAAGACUGUGAUUAUAUGGCGGACGAGCGACUGGAGUCUGGCUCACAGAACCGAUGGCCACUGGGCAAAAUCACUGGGAUCUACAUUUUUUAGGCGACUUGGAUGGUCCCCAUGUGGCCAUUUCAUAACAACCACUCAUGGCUUCCAGAAGCCAAGGCAUUCUGCCCCAGUUCUAGAGAGAGGGGAAUGGGCUGCCACAUUUGAUUUCUUAGGACACAAUGCCCCCAUUAUUGUGGUGAAGUUUAAUCAUUCAAUGUUUAGAAGGAAUUCUGCAAAUGCACAGGAAGUGAAAAGUGCGCCUGUUGGGUGGGCUAAUGGGGCCUCUAAGAUUGGAGGGAAAGAAUCACAGCCAUAUAAUGUUAUUGCAAUUGGGAGUCAGGAUCGCACUAUAACUGUAUGGACAACUGCAAGUCCUCGGCCUCUUUUUGUGGCAAAGCAUUUCUUUACUCAAAGUGUUGUAGAUUUGUCCUGGAGUCCUGAUGGGUAUUCACUUUUUGCCUGUUCCUUGGAUGGGACAGUUGCUACUUUUCAUUUCGAAAUAAAAGAAAUUGGGCACAGGCUUAGUGAUGCAGAGCUUGAUGAGUUAAAGAGAAGUCGCUAUGGUGAUGUCAGAGGUCGACAAGCAAACUUGGCAGAGAGCCCAGCACAACUGUUGCUUGAAGCAGCUUCAGCCAAGCAAUCAGUGACUAAAAAAGUGGUCUUAGACACUCAGCAAAACCAAAUGCCUGCAAAAUCUUCUGUUGACCUGGAGGCUAUAACAAAAACUUCUGAGCCUCAAGUUGAUGAUGGGAAGAAGGCUGUUGGAACUUCUGGUGAUGGGUUAAAUAAAGUGACUACGUCUGCUCGGAUUUCUAGUCCUGUGAAACAAAGAGAAUAUAGGCGGCCCGAUGGCAGAAAGCGAAUCAUUCCUGAAGCUGUAGGCGUACCCAGUCAGCAGGAAACAGUUACUGGUGGGGUCCAGUCUCAAGCACUUGACUUACCUCUUAUAGCAUCUACUCAAGGAAAAGAUGUAAAUGGGGUGGUUCCUGCAGAUGCUGGCCGGCCAGAAGGUUCUCUAAGGGGAACAUUUGUUAGAAGCUCUGGCUUGAAAGAUCGUUCUGGGGUCACUGCCCGGGCUACCAUCACAGAGAGUUUGGUCAUUGAGAAAGUUCCAGGUUCUUCAAGCAGAGAUGGUAGUAUCAAUGUAGAACAGUCUGGGAGCGUGAAGGCAUCCAGUUCCUCCAGUUCUCAUACUAUGCCUCUUUCAAUCAGGGUAUUUGAUAAAAAAGUAGGUGAAGACACUGUACCAAUUUGCUUGGAAGCUCGUUCUAGAGAACAUGCUGUAAAUGAUAUAAUUGGGGUAGGAAAUGCAAGUAUGAUGAAAGAAACAGAAGUUGUUUGCACAAAAGGGGCUCAAACUCUUUGGUCUGAUAGGAUCUCUGGGAAAGUCACAGUUUUGGCUGGAAAUGCAAACUUCUGGGCUGUUGGAUGUGAAGAUGGAUGUCUACAGGUUUAUACUAAGUGCGGGAGACGUGCCAUGCCAACUAUGAUGAUGGGAUCUGCAGCCACCUUUGUAGAUUGUGAUGAAUGCUGGAAGUUGUUACUUGUCACAAGGAAGGGAUCAUUGUAUGUGUGGGAUCUACUCAACCAAAACUGUCUUCUUCAGGACUCAUUGGCAUCUCUAAUUGCUUCAGAUCCAAGUUCUUCUGCAAAAGGAACUAUCAAAGUUAUAUCUGCAAAGUUGUCAAAAUCUGGUUCUCCUCUUGUUGUUCUGGCUACACGCCAUGCUUUCCUUUUUGACAUGAGUCUUAUGUGUUGGCUGAGAGUAGCAGACGAUUGCUUCCCGGCAUCAAAUUUUUCUAGCUCCUGGAAUCUAGGUUCAAAUCAGAGUGGUGAGCUGGCUGCCUUGCAGGUGGAUGUUAGGAAAUAUUUGGCCAGAAAGCCAGGUUGGAGCAGGGUGACAGAUGAUGGAGUGCAGACACGUGCGCAUUUGGAGGCUCAGUUGGCAUCCUCAUUGGCCUUGAAAUCCCCAAAUGAAUAUCGCCAGUGCCUUCUAUCUUACAUACGCUUCUUAGCAAGAGAAGCAGACGAGUCUCGUUUGCGGGAGGUCUGUGAGAGUUUUCUUGGACCCCCCACUAGCAUGGUUGAAUCCACAUCUUCGGAUAAGAAUUUGGCUUGGGAUCCUUAUGUACUUGGAAUGAAAAAGCAUAAACUCUUGAGAGAAGAUAUACUUCCAGCAAUGGCAUCAAAUAGGAAAGUCCAGCGUCUACUCAACGAGUUUAUGGAUCUCCUGUCUGAAUAUGAAAGUGCUGAGACUAAUAUCGACCAGAAUAUUCCAAUGCAACCAACUACAUCACAACCAGCAUCUAAUCCAAUGGACCUUGACCAGUCUGCAAUAGAUCAAAAGAAUACUGCCCGACCAGCAAGAGAACAAAUAAACUCUGCGACACAAGAAACAGAUCAUAAGGGGACUGCCCACAUCACGACAAAUGAAGCCAGCAACGACCCCCUAGCAACUGAUCAAGUAGAAUCAGGUCCAGUAUUGACAGAUCAAAUUAUUCCGGAUUCACCAGCUACAGAUACUGUUCCUUGAAUUCUAAAACUUCUAACCAAUAGGACUAAUCUUGGAAGAGCAUUAGCUGGCUAACAUAUGUGUUGUUUGAACUUGGAUAUAGGCUCACAUUUUGGUCAUAAAGUUCAUAAAUAGCUUCCUCUCGAGGCAUUGGCAACUAUAGAGCCUUCUCAAGUGAGGAUCUGGUGCAUCACUUUAAUUAUUCUUUGAAGCUGCUCCUAGACGUGUAACUGAGGCUCUCAUCGAGUUAGACGAAGAUUUUGAAUUUUGAGUCAUUUAUAGCUUUUGUAAUCAAGUUGUGGAUCUAAUUUUCUUGUAGAAUAUUAUACACAAUCCAAUUAGAUCUUUCAAAUGCUUUCAUCUGUCUGCAAA